AUGCAUAGCUGCUCAGAUGUGGACGAGUGUCUAGAGUCCCAGUUGAGCGGGAGAAGGAUGUGUCCUUACGAUUCGCUUUGCAUCAAUACACCAGGGAGCUACGAAUGUGGCUGUCCUGUUGGCCUGUUGCCUGUGAAACGAAAGGCUUCCUCUGGAUCAGAUUACUCAGCGUCGGAUUCCGAUUACACUCGAUCACGAUUAACCACCGGUGCAUUCGACUACGUGGUGUGUGAGGACAUCGACGAAUGCCUUCUUCAAGGCGUCAACGCCUGCCCCAAUGCCAGAUCCGUUGUCGACGGCAAGCUGAGUCAGGUGUGUGAAAACGUGUACGCUGGCCACGUCUGCCGGUGUCUACCUGGAUUGCGACCUGUCUACCUUCCGCUAGCCGACUCUGCAGCCUCGCCUCGACGUCUUUCGGCGCAUCGGACGUCGGGAAAUAGAAGAAGGGAGGCACCAGAAAAAACUACAGAAAGGACGCCCAAUGCAUACCCGGAAAGAGAGACGCUCCAGAUCACCGCUGUCGACUUGAAGACUGGCACGAACCACACGCUGACUUCGGGUCACAAGGUGGGCGAGAAGAUGGAAAUGUCGGGAUUGGGUAAAGGGAUGAGCCCUGCAGGUGUCAGCCUAACACAGAUGAAAAUCGAACUACAACCUGGCGACAGUAAAAAAUCUACCCGCACGGAUGACAGUGACAUGGAAGAAGCGGACAACAAGCGUGAUUUAGACGUGGAUGGUAAGGUUCAAAUUUUGACGAGAGACGGCAGCUGUGACCAAGGCUCGAUCAACAGUGAAGUGGGUCCCGGGAAAAUCGAGCAGACUGGACAAGAAAAGAGUGAGCACCAGGAAAGUGAAUUGUCAAAGUCUUCCAGACUGCCUUCGUCAGGGAUUCGAGGGAGCUUGCUGGAAGAGAUCUUUUACUUCAAGUCGGGUUUGAGUGGGCAUGUGGCGGAUUCCGACGUGAUCGAAACGGACUACAGCUACGAUGAGAGUAUGGAGUCCGAUCAGGAGGGCACGAUUAUUAUGGCUUACAACGAUGAGGACUUAGAAAGCCAAGACUCAGAUGCGCCAGACUGGUAUAGCCGCGACUCGGACGGGGGGGACUGGGAUAGGGGGAUUGACCAUGGCGGGGCCAUAGAUGGCGGAUAUGCGAAAAGAGAGCGAACGAAAAAAGACGUGCUCCGAUCAUCUCCGCACUUUGUGGCCCAGAGAGGUGUGAGUACAGACCAAGGAGGUGCGAGUACAGACCAAGGAGGUGCGAGUACGGUCCACGGAGAGGUGAAUGCGGCGCACGGGAUUGAGGUCUAUUCAUCCAAAGAAUCAAACUACCCACUCGACCAACAAAAGGGCUACCGGCAGAGUGACUCCCGAGGUGGUGACUCCCGAGGUGGUGAAUGCCGCGGAAGUGAUUGUCGAGGUGGUGACUAUCCAGGCAGUGGUUACCGAGGCAGCGACUACUCCUAUAUGCCCUCCUAUUCUCCCUCACACAUGGCAAGUACCGGUUACGACCUACGACCAAGUUCCCAGUUUGCAACGUCUGAAAGAGGCACCGUGAAACUGGUAAGGCGUACUGGAGAAGGCCCGCAGGAUCCUGGCAGCUACGAGGUCCCACAUCAGGAUUCUGCAUCGAGGCAUCCAUUCGGCAUUUAUGACAGUUUGAUUGCUGACGGUGCCUUUACCUAUGGUAACAAGACGUUUGCAGAAGAACCGGCGGUGCCCGUCAACUUUGCUGCCUCCGGUUUGAUUGGCUCUAAUUUGAUGAGCUCUGGUCUGGCUAGUUCCGGUCUGGUUAGCACUGGUCCGAUCAAUUCUGGUUUAGUUAACAGAACUAGUGGUUUGGACAGCAGCGUCUUGGACCAGAGAGUCUUGGGGGAGGGUGGUUCGGCUAAAGGUGGCGUGGGAAGUAUGAAUGCGAGUAGGCCGGCUAGUGGUCGUGGGCAUGACGAGAUGAGGGGCCCGGUGGUUGACUCAAGGACGCUAGUUGGGCGCGGUGGGGGGGUGGUUUCGGCAGUGGAGCGAGAUGGGGCAGUCACAGGGAGGCGCCUCAGCGCCGUCGCGAAAGAGUCGUUGGUCAAGGAAGAGGCGGUGGCUGAGGUGUUUGCACAGGGCAUGCAGCUGCAAGAAAGAUUCGUUCCGAGGCCGGAUGCUUCGGUGGUGGAGCGGUCGCAGGCGGUGAGGCGAGCACCUCCGGCGCUCGUUUCAGAAACAGGUCAUUCGGAUGUAGAUCCUUCGGCGGUCGCCGUUCAGGAGGUCGAAGGAAAAAUUGCAAAGUUGUUGACGGAGGAUGAAAUUCACAAAGCGCAUUUACCGAUGGAGGAGAUUAAGGCGCGGUAUCAAUGGACGAGGAAGCAGCGCGAGCGUUUAGUAUGUGUAGAUGUGGAUGAGUGUGCGGAAGGUUCGCACAAGUGUCCAAGUGAUGCGGCGUGCUUCAACACGUACAAGUCGUAUGAGUGCCAUUGCAAAGACCCGAGUCGAGAGUUCGACUGGGAACAGAAGAAGUGUGUAAAGAAACAAGUGCCAGAACGGCGACUGUGCGCCGCACAAGAAUGCCAUGGCCCUUGCAUGCGUUCGGCGACCAACGGCUACCACUGCGGCUGUCCACGAGGAUACGUGAGUCAGCACCCCGAACAGUGGGAACGCUUGAGUAAGGAUGCACUCAAGUUGCUAGACGCCCGAUCGGCCAAACCCUCGAGUGACCACCCUGUCCCGAAUUACCGUUCUCAUCCCGCAAGUGACCGCGCUCAAUUGGGUGGCUUUGCCAAUAAUGGAUCGAAAGACAGUGGAUCGAAAGACAGUGGAUCGAAAGACAGUGGAUCGAAAGACAGUGGAUCGAAAGACAGUGGAUCGAAAGACAGUGGAUCGAAGGGUAAUGGAUCGAGAGGUCGUGUGCCGAGUGAGCCCAGUGAGGAGGAGUUCCAGGAGGCGGUUCAAGAGGCUGGUGGGUCCUGCGUGGACCUGGACGAGUGUGCUCUGUCGGGCGUGAAAGUCUGCGGUGUCGGUUGCCAGUGCGCGAACACCCGUGGCGGUUUCACGUGCUCCUGUCCUGAGCGCAAAGUUGUCCAGCGAGAGCCUUUGGCGAACGAUUUCUCCUUCCUCAAGAAACUGAGUGAACAGUUCGCCACCCACUUGGACCUCCGGAACGACUCCCAAGUUCUUCGAUCGGUGAAACGGAACGGACUGCUGCCCGUUGUCUCUGCCUGGGUCUCGACUUCUACUAACCCAGAAUUACUGUGGGUGGUCGACCACAUCGACUGGGCAAAAGCGCAGUAUUUGGACCUAAAUUCCCAAGAACUCACCCCCCCGGAACUCGCUUCUUUGGACAACGGGACGCACGAAGCAUCGCAGGCCGUAAAGGCAUUCAUAGAAUACACACUCGCCACUCUCAAACAAAGCUAUAUCAACUUAUGUCUUAAGAGCUGCUCCGACUGCUCCAAGGACCGACCCUGCUGCACUCAUAACAGGAUCGAUUGUGUACCAGGCGUGACACGCUCAAGUUUGUUUCGGGUGAAGAAAAACGAAUGCCCUGUAAAUACCGUCCAAGUUAUAUUCUAA